GAGAAUGUGUAUGGUUAUCACAGUGCUGGGUUUGGGAUUAGGCUGUGGGAUCCGAUUGAUUCCUACUCAACAACCGUCAUUGCUGCAUCGGUGGUUGAUCAACGCUGGUCAGAUACUUAAUGCUAUCGGAGGACCGGUCUGCACGAGCGCAAUGGCGCCGAUAUCUUCACAUUGGUUUCCUCCACACGAAAGGACAACAGCGACUGCAAUCCCGCUGAUAAUCAAGUUCCUGGUUCUUGCUGGCUCUUUUAUCAUUGGUCCAAUUCUGGUUCCAGAUGCAUCUAGACUGAAUCAGAAUCGUACCGCCUCCAAUACAACAUUUAGCCUUGAAGAUUAUUCUGAUAUUGGUGAAAGUGGAAAUCGCAGCAAUAUUUCAGGGCAUACCGUGGAGGAACUGAAAAAGGAUAUCUAUUUCUACCUUGAACUCCAGGCUUGUGCGGCAGGUGUAGUACUCGUGCUGACACUAGUGUACUUCCCCAGCAAGCCACCGACGCCGCCAUGUCGCUCAGCUGCACUGAAGAGGGAAGACUUCCUACCUGGACUGAAGCUACUUGUUGUAAAUGUCAACUUCUGGAUCCUGUCUGUAAUAUCCGUUCUGGUUGGCGGGUUUAGCGGGGCGUGGAUGGGUGUGUUCAGCCUCAAUUUGAAAUCAGUGGACGUGAGUCAGAAGGAGGCAGGGUGGAUCGGCUUCUACAGCUACGUGGCGGUGUGUACGGGGAUGCUGAUUCUGGCAAGAUUGACCGACUACUUUGCUCGCUAUAUGAAGUGGUACAUCUCGGGCUUAUACUUGAUAUCCGCAUCCAUGUACUUAUGGUUCGCUCUCAUCUGCAUCAAAGUGGCGCCGUUUUCUUUGGUGAGUCUGUACGUGUGCCUCCUGAUCGCCCAGAUGCCGCCUACUGCCUGUGCCCCGCUGUUCUUCGAGUUGGCGUGUGAGGUGGCGUACCCCGUCGGGGAGGGGACAGCAAGCGUUAUACUGACCUUCACAAACCAGAUUGGUUCCAUUGUGUUUCUCUUUAUAAUGAUGAUUCCACAUGUUGGUUCAAUGUGGCUUAAUUGGGGAAUAUUUGGAGCAGUGGCAUCAACGCCGUUGUUCUUACUACUUCUUCGUGAGCGACAUCAACGAUUGGAUAUUGAUACAGAACAUACCCCUGCCAUGAAAAAGGAACACUGAUUUAAUAGUACCGCUCUCGAAAAUACACCACUGUAUGUCCUACAUUGUCAGACAUCGUUAUUAAAGUAUAUAAGACUACACAUAAUAAGAACUUUUGAAUCAAUAAUAGUUUACACAAUGUCUAAUAUAUCAUCUAAAUUGCCUUACAAAAGGAAAGUGUACAGUCGUGGUUAUUCAAUAGUAUUCGAUAGUCAUGUUUUUGAUAGGGAUAUAGUAGCUGUAGUUGGCACCUUAAGUUUUCAGUGUUUCGGCACCUGUCUCAGCCUACUUACGUUUUCAUUAAAAUGUUGGUCAAAUCCAAUUUUCAGGUGUAUAUUUUUCCCCCGCCGCAACGCGGAACGGGGGACCAUGUAUUC